AUGUCGUUGGUGGCACCGAGGCGAGUCCAGCUCGACUGGACUCACGCCAUACCAUGGGAACAGGAGCCAAAGUGCGAGCGAGACUCGCCCUUCCAGCAGCAAGGUCACCCCCAAUCUAACAGAUCAGAAUCGUCAUCAUCGUCAGCAGACACAGCGUCACAGGGGUCGGGCUCGGACGCCGCCCCGGUGCCGCGUCUCCGUCGCCAUGAACCCCAGAGAGAAGAGAGGCGUGAGGAAGCCGCCAGCGCGCUUAGGGUACAGCCUAAUCCGUUAUUGAGAUCUCGUACCCUCCCGAACUUCGGCGGGCACCGAUCCCGCGAGGCGUCCCGCUGCGACACAUCACGCCGCGCGCACCACAUCACCAUGGCGUCCGAGGACCUGCUGCAGCCCGGACACGUGGUCAAGGAGCGCUGGAAGGUGGUGAAGAAGAUCGGCGGCGGAGGUUUCGGUGAGAUUUAUGAGGGCCUGGACCUGGUAACCCAGGAACAGGUCGCUCUCAAGGUGGAGUCGUCGCGGCAGCCCAAACAGGUGCUCAAGAUGGAAGUCGCCGUGCUGAAGAAAUUACAAGGUAAGGAGCACGUGUGCCGGUUCAUCGGGUGCGGCAGGAACGCGCGGUUCAACUACGUGGUGAUGCAGCUGCAGGGCAGGAACCUGGCCGAGCUGCGGCGCGCACAGCCACGCGGCGCUUUCUCCAUAUCCACCACCCUCAGAUUGGGCUUACAAAUACUCAGAGCUAUAGACUCAAUACAUUCAGUGGGAUUCCUGCACAGAGAUAUUAAACCUAGUAACUUCAGCAUCGGUCGUCACCCGAGCAACUGUCGCAAGGUGUACAUGCUGGACUUCGGGCUGGCGCGGCAGUACACCACCAACAACGGGACCGUGCGACCGCCCAGGGCGGCGGCCGGGUUCAGAGGCACCGUCCGGUACGCCUCAAUAAAUGCACACAAGAACAAAGAGAUGGGCCGCCACGACGACCUCUGGUCGCUGUUCUACAUGCUUGUGGAGUUCGUCAACGGACAGCUGCCGUGGAGGAAGAUCAAGGACAAGGAGCAGGUCGGGCUGAUGAAAGAAAAGUAUGACCAUCGGCUGCUCCUCAAGCAUCUACCCAACGAGCUGCGCCAGUUCUUGGAACACGUGCAGCAGCUGGAGUAUGCGGACACGCCCGACUACGGCCUGCUCACCACCAUCCUGGAGAAGUGCUGCAAGCGACGUGGGAUUAGAGAGUCUGACCCUUACGACUGGGAGAAAGAGUCGGUGUCUGUGUCGCGCACGAGAGCGUCCGUACACCCGGUGCCAGAGCAUGCGCUUGCGACGGACAAUCAACCGGACAAUAGUCGUCGUCGGCUGGACACGGAAGCUGGCACGCUGGCCACGGCGGCCACGGCCGUCACCGCCGCCACCGCCGUCACAGGGGAGCGGCGCCAGCCCGCCUCGCCGCGCCACCACGCCCACCCCCACCACGCCCACCACGCGCACCCGCACCCGCACCAGCACCCCCACCCCCACCACCUCAACGGAUACUCAACAACAGACAAACAAACGGACAAAGAGUCAGAACUGAGAACCACCCCGGCGCCCUCACCCGACAGACAUGCGAAGGAGACAACUCGGGCGGCCGGUCCCGGCCCGAGGCCCGAGAGACAGAGCGUGCCGCCCUGCCGCCCGCGCCCCCCCGCACCAGGGUGCGGGGCGACGCUGGCGCGGCUGCGCGUGGUGACGGCGCCGCCGACCUGCGUGCAGGACCUCGCGCACCACCACCCGCCCGCCACCGGUGAAGCCGUAAGUCCAAGGAUAGUCGCAGAUGUGGACAGUGUACAUUCAGACACGCAUUUCAAGAGAGGUACUCGCCGCGCCGGCCGCGCCCGAGCCGACCAGAGCUACACGCAGUUCGCCGUCAUGGACGACGAGAACGUCUCCGCACUGCAGCAGGUGACAAAGGGCGGUGCAUUAACUUUGGUAUCGCUGUGGAAGUCGCAGUUCGAUGACUCGGAAGAGACAACGGACAAUGAGUGGAAACAGGAGCAGCUACAGUCUCCGGAACAUCGAGCGCGUGUGACGAGCGUGGUGUCGAGCUGCUCGCACGCGGCGCGCACGCAACUACCCGCGCACCCGGCCUCGGCUGCACUCACGCACACCCACACGCACACGCACACGCACACGCAACAGCCGGCGACGGCGGAGAAGUCCCCGUCGCGGGAGGCGCCCCGCGAGCGGCGCCGGGCGCGGUGCUUGUACAUCCCGGGCAUCGAAGCCUACCCCAAGCUGCAGCCACUGCUGCCGCGCUGCUGGACGCUGCCCGCGAUCGGAUCUCACGUGCGCGAGCUGCGUCCGCCGCUGGUGCAGCAGGCCUCGUUCGACGGCGCGGGCUGCGCGGGCGGAGCCCUGCGGUACUGCGUGGACGUGAUGAGGGGCGUGGCCGCCCGCCGCACCUCCCCCGCACCCUCCCCCGCACGCCGCGCGCGCGCCCGCAGCCUGCCAGUGAGUACACGUGCACUACACACGGCGCGGGGUGCGGUACUGCGCCCCGGGCCGGGCCCCGCGGGCCCCGCGGAGGGCGCGGGGGAGGGCGCCACGGUGUCCAGCCGGCUCGAGAUCCGAGUGCGCGCGCCAGACACCACCUCCCCGGGACACUCCGUAAAAAUCCAUUCUGUGGUGAGCGGUGGGGAGCCAAUCCGGUUGAAUCAUGAAGAGGCAUCCGUAUAUUACGACGCUACGGAACACCAAAGAGAUAAACGUUCCUCAACUCGGAGUGGUGGGGAGAAGAGUCAGAGUCCAGCAGUUGAGAGAACGAGACUAGACGCCAUUCAAGACAGGGGCAGUCCGGGUGUGAAACGGGACGUGACCAGUGGAGCUGCCGGCGACGGCUCCCAGAGCUUGCGGGACCGAUCGUCGACGAGCGCAUCUCGCAUCCCGAUAGCUCUCGGAGAGGCGAGACUCGCCAAGUGUGCCUCCUGGAGCGGGGACGGACCCCUGGACCCCGCGCCUGGCGACGCAGACCUCACGCCCGCGUUACGCCGGCGGCGGCAGAAUGCAAACGACAAAUAUUCAUCAGACCCCACCCGGGAAUUGAACCUACGGUUCGCGAGGCCGCGGCACAGACAGCCGCCACAGCACACUAGCAGAAGUGGGUCGCGCGGGGUGCCCGCGCUGCUGAUGUCGUCGCCGCCCCCCUCGGGGGGCUCGUCGUCGUCGGGGUCGCCGCCCCCCGCGCCCCCCGCGCCCCCCCCGGGCCCCGGAGGCCCCGCGCCCCCGCCGCCGCCCUCGCUGCCGGCCAACGCCAACCAUAACGCGGCCAGAACUAGGCGCUUUCGACCUCUGUCUAUUGCGCCAUAGGAGCUGACCCACCGAGUGCAGUCGCAGCAAGAAUAUUGUACUAUGUAGUCGCUACAUAUAUAUUUAUAUAUUCUAUAUUUAUAUGCC